AUGUACCGCUUGAACGGUUCCGCCCUUCAAAACAGGUCUGCCUGUGUCCCUGCAUCGACUGGAGAGGAUGGUCAUGGUCCCAAACAAAGCGAUCAAGCCCGGGCGUUGGCCCUGCAAGCAAUGCGGAUGUCGAUGCUGGUGGCGCUUGAGGCAAAGAAUCCUCCGAGUUCUACGCGUUCCACUUCCAUGACCGACGCCGAUUUGACCGCGGGAGUGUGGCAACCCACAGCUGCUUCACACCAAUCCACCGAAUCACCCGAACCGGCCGCUUUUCGGUUCUGGAGAGAGAUCCGAGCGAGGCGAGAAACACUAGAACUCUUCUUGGGACACGUAUUCGCGCUGAAACCAACGCCCGGCGACGUCGUCCGGCCUUUCUACCGGCAAGGGAAAUUGGCCGGGUACAUCAGGACGGGGUCCGCGGACAUGGUCGAGCAGGACAACGUCGACCUGCGCGCCAUGCGGGUCAGCAGGGAAUUCCGCGACGUCGGCAGCCGCCUGGUCUACGGGCGAUACACGUUCCGCUUCGACAACGCCCAAAACUGCCGGUGGUGGACCAAGCACGUCGGCCGCCAAAACUUUGCCAACCUGCGCACGGUCAGUGUCCGCGUGAACUCCGGGUGGAGCGUGCCCUGCGACGACAUCUGCAGCGUGGACCUGUGCUUUGAAGAACAGUGGCAACGCUUCUUCACGUGGAUGAGGUAUCGCCACCGGAUGGACGCGCUGGUCCUCGACUUUUCGCCGUGGAGACCCGUCCCGACGUACAGAGACUUGAGCGACAAGCGGAGAGCAGAGGUCGCCGAGUGGCGAGACUCGUUGCUCGCCACGCUGUCCGAACUCCGUGACUUCACGGUCGUCAAGAUCGUCGACCGCCAUGAAGUCGCCAUCCCCGCCGCAGACAAGGACCAGUGGUGCGCGACCAUGACAGAGGCCCGCGAAACACCACCACCUCCUCCCCCGGUCGAUACAACGUCCAUGCCACUCGGACAGACCUUGAAGCAUCUCCGGGAGAUGAGGAGACAGCAAGAGUACCGUGAACGGCUCGACCGCGGCGAACAGAAGCAAAAGCGAAAAGAGAAGAAACAGCAGAAGAGGUUACUGAGGCAGAGCCAGAUCGACGAGAACAGCAGCUAA